GAGCUCAGGAACAUCAUUUAGAGGAGAUCACACUGGAAUAAAGACCAUGAAGAUCACUCUUCCUCUGUGCUGAUCUUAACACAGUCGGGAGAUGAGUUCUGCUCUCAUUCAUGACAAACUCUUCAUCAAGUCCUUCUGGGAGCAAAAGAUCAACAAUCACAAUCACAUGACAGAAACUGAAGAAGAGAGGAUGAAGAGGAGUGCUCUCACCAAGCUGCGUGACGAGUGGCUCAGCAGACUGGAGCUCCGGACCAAACAUCUGAAAAAUUUUGGCGACAAUCGCGGGGGAAAUCCAGCCCUGAACUAACAAUCCCCGAUCUAACUGAUGAGUGCGGCUCAAUAAACACACAGACACUGA